AUGGCGAAUACCUUCGACUUUAUCAUCGUCGGUGGAGGAACUGCAGGCUGUCGUCUAGCUAAUAAACUUGCAAAUGCUGCAUCUCGACCUUCUGUCUUAAUAGUUGAAGCGGGCGGCCAACCAGAAGGAGACACCCUCCGUGCACCAUUCCACCGCUAUACACCUGCCUUCACGCGCCCAGAUCUUGACCAUGGGCAUGUCAGUAUUCCUGAGAAAGAACUCAACGGUAGAACGAUCCAAUACACGCGAGGAAAAGGACUUGGUGGAAGCAGUAUCUUGAAUUUUGCCGUCUAUCUCUGGGGAUCCCAGGAGGACUACAACCGGUGGGCAGAGUUGGUAGGCGACGACAGUUGGAAAUGGGAACAUGUCAAGAAGGCGUACCAGGAUAUCGAAAACUUUGAUUAUCUGGGUUCGAACCAAUACUCAGACCUCGCAAGACCAGAUCCGAAGGAACAUGGACACGAUGGAAUGGUUAAAGUGUGUCUCCCCCCUGUUUUGGAAAAGGGAGUGAUUCCAGUGAUGGAAGCGCUAGCAAAUCAUGGCGAGACAAUGACCCUCGAUUUCAAUACGGGAAACCCAAUCGGUGUUGGAGUAUUCCCAUCUACAUACUCCGUGGAGGGUAGGACUACAAGCGCUACAGCCCAUUUGGUUAAUUUGCCGGAUAACCUGACCAUUUGGACCGAUGCCGCAGUUCAUAAGCUUGUUAUGGAAGGAACCAAAGUCGUUGGUAUUGAAACUGCCGAUGGUCGGACAGCAACAUCGGGCAAGGAUGUCAUCAUCUGUGGCGGUGCCAUUGAUACCCCAAAGAUUCUUCUUUUGAAUGGAAUUGGACCGGCGAACGAGCUGGAGAGUCUUGGGAUCAAGGUUGUCAAAGACUUGCCUGGUGUAGGCAAACGGCUCCACGACCACAUCAUGACAUUUCUCGCCUGUGAAGUGGAUGCUACUGAGAACGAUAGAUACGCAUUCGAGACCAGUGAGAGCAUGAUACUAGAAGCGGAUGUGUUGUGGAAAAAGGACAGAACUGGAACCUUUGCACUCCAUCACAGCACUCUAUGGGGCGGCUUCCUCAAGAUCCCUGGCCUGGAAGAAUUUCCCGAAUACAAAGCGCUAGACAAAGGGGUGCAGGAAUUCCUUGCGAGAGAUACUGUGCCGACAUAUGAAUUCAUUAGUCAUUGUCUUUUGUUCCCGCCAGGAACGGUACUGCCGGCGGGGAGUACCUAUCUAACUGCGGUUGCUUUUUUGAUGAACGCACAAUCGGAAGGAUCCGUCACGCUUCGCUCUGCAGACCCUGAGGAUAAGCUAGAAAUUAAUAUGGGAUACCUCAAACAUCCAUACGAUAGACGUGUUCUCAAGGAGGCUAUUCGAGAAACCUGGACAAAAGUGUUCGACAACCCGGAGUUGAAGAAACGUAUCAAGGGUAGAAUCUACGGUCCAGAGAGCCUGUCUGAUGAUGACAUUCUUGCGUUCAUGAAAGACGCAACCGGCACGGUCUGGCACGCCAACGGAACUGCGAAGAUGGGCAAGAAAGGAGAUCCUUUCGCGUGCGUGGAUUCGGAUUUCAAGGUGUUCGGUAUUGAUGGACUUCGUGUGGCAGAUCUGAGUAUUUGCCCAUUGACAACUAACAAUCAUACUCAGGCCACAGCUUACCUUGUCGGUCAGAUGGCAGCAGAGAAACUGAUUGCAGAGUACAAGCUUUGA